AUGUCUAAUAUUAACAACGCUGCUGACGCUACCAAGAAAACAGCUGAAGACGUUAAAGGAGACUUUAAUAAGACUAAGAAAGACGUGAGCAAAAAGGCUUCAGAGGCUACGGAAAAGAAGGGAAAUCGUGGGGACGAGUUUAAGAAGGAAGUCGAUGACUUAGAGAAGGAGGGCAAGACAUACUUCAAUAAAUUAGUUGCAUUCAUCAAGGAGAAGUCUUCUUGUGCUUCUAAGGUGUUUUCUGCUAACUUUAAAGAGGGCCAAAAGAAGACAUCUGCUGCUUUGGCCAAAACCAGUGAAGAAUUUCAGAAUCCCGUUGUCAUUGCACAAGCUCUUGUUGGUGUAACUGGAGUGUUCGCAGGUUAUUUAACCUACUUAGAAAGACAUAGAAUUGACACAGACAAUAAGCUUGUUUUGGGUAUUCACGGGUCUAUCAUCACGGGUUUAGUUUUACUUGACGGCUUUUUAUUCCGCAAGUAUUAUCCUAAGUUUGACAAGAAAUAUCCAUAA